GUGCGUAAAGUCACCUGAGACCUGUUGCUCAGCUGCGGUGACUGCUUUGUAAGGCUUGUUUCAGAUUUGUAGGAUGCUUCUCGUUAUCCUUCAUCGUUAUGGACGAAAAUGAUGCACUGGAGACCUGCCACGUUAUAACCAGCCUAUACGAGCCGGAUGAAAACACUAAAAAGAAAAAAAUUGAUACCAGAAGACACUGCCUUUUCAUCUCAGUCGGCUUGACCAACAUAAGGACCCACACCUGGGCUACGGGCCUAUGGCAGGUAAGUGCUGGAUGAUGCUCUAAAGUGUGUAGACAAGAAGAGAUAAUAACCCUCACUGGGCCAUCACCAGGGAGACAGAAACUCCAGAGGGUAGCCUGCAGUUUUAGCUUUGGAGAUCUCCUCAGUAGAUCCACUGAAUUUGGUGUGUGACUGACUUGUUCACUCAAGGAUAUGGGCAAAUGCUGCAAAUGCAACAGCAGGCUGCUGUGUAUGUGCCUGCUGCCAUGCAUGAUGACUGGCCAUCUUCUGGUUUACAUCAUGGUGUCCAUAUUUGUCACCAUCUCCUACACUCCUCCAAAAAUAACCAUCCAUUAUGUUGCCCCUGGGAUUUCUGCUAACUCCUCUGCAUUGGCCUCUCACCCACUUCACCCUUUCUGGAACCUUCGCUUGGAGGACAGUGCACUGUGGAACCAGAUGCAGCAUGCUUGGGACCGUCUGCAUAAUCCAAUAUUGCUAGGAAACACAACUGGGAUGAUGAGAAAUCCAAAGGCUAAGCUCAUAUCAAAAAUUGAAGAUGAAUGUCUUUCUGAUUGCAUGGCACCGUGUUCAGUCCCUCGUGUACAUGGUUUAGACAGCUUUCCAGAACAAAUGAGAGCAUUUAUCAGAUCAAUGCACUGCAGGGAGUAUCCCCUCCUUAUCAAUCAGCCUGGUUUGUGUAGAAAGAACAGUAGUCUGGAUUCUCCCAUGCUCGUCAUGGCCAUCAAAUCUCAGAUGGGAAACUUUGAAAAUAGGCAGGCCAUUCGGGAAACGUGGGGACGCAGUGGUCUAGUGAGUGGGGAAUCCAAAAAAAAAGGUGGAUUAGUGCGCACUUUGUUUCUGCUUGGAAGGCAGGACUCUAGUACAGGUCCUCAUCCAGACCUCACAAAUCUGUUGGAGCUUGAGAAUCGAAGAUAUGGGGAUAUCCUACAGUGGGAUUUCAGGGACACUUUCUUUAACUUGACCUUAAAGGACCUGUUGUUCUGGCACUGGCUUCAGCAAUACUGCCCUACAGCUACCUUUGUGUUUAAAGGGGAUGAUGAUGUCUUUGUUCGAACAAGUGCUCUUCUGGAUUAUCUUCACGUGCAGUGGGAGGAGCAUAUCCUGUGGAGAGCCUUUUCAAAUGAUACUGACAUGAAUUUGUUUGUAGGUGAUGUAAUAAAUAAUGCAAUGCCAAACCGUGAACCAUCAACCAAAUAUUACAUACCAGGAAGUUUCUACAAAGGCGGUUACCCACCAUAUGCAGGAGGAGGAGGGGUGGUGUAUUCUGUCUCACUUGCAUUACGAUUGAAAAAGGUGUCUGAAAGAGUUCGCCUCUUUCCAAUCGAUGAUGUGUAUCUGGGAAUGUGCCUUCACAGACUGGGGUUGUCACCCAGCCAUCAUCCAGGUUUUUUGACAUUUGAUCUCCCAGAAGCAGAUAGGGGCAAUCCCUGUGCUUACAAAUCUGUUCUGCUCGUUCACAGACGGAGUCCCAAUGAGAUGCUGAUGCUAUGGAAGAGGCUCAAGAAUCUGCCAGGUCAUUGCUGAGGCUCAUUUGCCUGGCAAAUGGAGUCUAUUGAGCACAGGUUGAAGGCCGCCAACACACAUGUGGAAAUUUGUACACACGUGACUGCACAGUCAUGUCAAGCAGGCAGCACCCACAAAGAACAUAAUGUACCCUUUUAAGAGGGGGUUAUGCAACAAUGAGGAGAUCUACCUCAAAGUGUAUUUUGUGGGCAUUACACCAUAAAGGUUUAUUAUAAUAUCAAUUCAGGUAUGAAUAUAUAUCCUUUCAACAAAAAGAUUUAGUUUACUACACUAUGAAGGGUAUAGGCUACCUUAAAUAAGUUAUGUUUAAAGAGAAUACUUUUAAUAUCCUUCUGAUACAUCCCCUGGUGGACAUUUAUUGAUAAGCGUUUUCUCUUGUUUAAUUCAUGUCUUCGUUCCAGGAUAAGAGUAAUUUAGUUAAAGAUUUUAUAUCAUGAAAACUUUGAAUGUGGCUGACUUGUAAUGUUGUU